AUGGCGUCGAUGCCGAAGAAGCCCAAGAGGCCGCCUCCCCCAUGUCCCUCCUGGGUCUGGUCCAGCACCUCCGACACCCAUACCGCCAAGGAUCGAUGUUGGUUCGGUGAUGACUACAUCCCCUUCAAGUCGUAUGUCACGGAUAUCGCUGGAGGCUGGGUCGAAGUCAUUGGGAUGGGAACUAUCACUCUCUCCACCAGGGGCUCACCAUUUCAGACCGGUCCACAUUCGCACAGCUUCCUCCGCUUGAAGAACGUGCUACAUACCCCCGCAAUGCUUUGUAACAUCAUCGGAAAGCCCAUUAUGGAAGACUACACUGUCAUACCCACCCCCAGUUCCCCAGAUAUCUCCGGUAUUAUUGUGGCGAACUUUAAUGGUUCUAUCCAGGCUUACUUCAAGCCCAUGGGUCAAGGCCCCAUGUUGUACCAAGUCCAGACCCACCAGCCUCCAUCAGGCCAUGAGUUCGGGAUCUCACCUUUGUGUCCUAACGGGACCUACCUGAUUCACGCAUUCUGGUCCGAGCAUGAGCGGCGCAGAUUUGAAAUCUUCAAAGCAUCCGGUCUGAUUCGAGCCUCCGGCGUGGGGGAGCUGACACUGGCCGAAAAACGGUGGUUUAGGGAGAAACGCAUGUCUGAAGAGGGAAUUGUACUUGCUUACGGGUUGGACUAUAACAGGAGGCAGCAUCGAGAGGAAGGCCGUGCCAUCAUGCGAAUUCUCAAGUCCCAAGCUCAAAAUGAACCGAACUUUCCCAUCCCGGAGGGACACGCGUGA